AUGUUUGGCGCUAGUCGUCUAGUCGGUGCUCGCACACUUGGCCGAUCUGGUUUAUUGACUGUUGCGGUGGGUGGUACAGCUUUUGCAGGUGGAGCUACUUUCGCAGCAAAACAGACGAAAUGUCAAGCCAUCAUUGCUAACGGAAGCAAUGAGAUUGAGAACAAGUCGGUAUUUGUACCAACUCUCGAAGCUACCAUUCGGGCAAUCAGGCUUGUUCGUACGGCUGGCCUGAUUAUUGCCGACUAUGAAUUGUCCAAGCUCAAAUUGUUCACAGAUGGAGGUCAGGAAGAAGCAGAAUUGAAUCGAUUGGAACAAGAAAUGGCAUCAUUCGAGGCUGAAUUGGAGGGAGCUCAAAUGGAGUAUGCAUCGGAAACCGACAAAUCUGUUCCCAUGUCAGUAGAAGAGAGAAGAACAUUAAAAAGAAGGCAAAAGAAUCGAAUGGAAGAUGCAGCAGCAAGAUUAGCCGAAGCAGAAGAAGCGCUUAGCUCAAUGGAGGGUGAAUCGAACAAGAGCAAAGUGCACAAAAAGGCAGCCAAUCGGCUUCUGGGGCUUUGCAGAGAUAAUGGUGGUGUGUAUAUCAAAGUUGGACAACACCUUGCAAAUUUAGACUACCUCAUUCCUCAAGAAUAUAUAGAGGUUUUGUCGUCUCUGUUUGACGAUGCACCUGAAUCAUCCUACUCGGAUGUUUGUCGCGUCAUUGAAGAGGAACUUGGUGGAAAUGUGAAGGAGUUAUUUGACGAUUUUGAGCCAGUACCAAUCGCUUCUGCCUCGUUGGCGCAAGUUCAUGUGGCGUACGACAAGAAAACAGGAAAAAAGUUGGCAGUAAAGGUCCAACAUGCCGGUCUCAGAGAGACCUCCGCAGGUGAUAUCUUUGCAGUGACUUGUGUCGUGCGGCUGGUUGAUAGUAUUUUUAAAGAAUUCACCUUUGGCUGGAUCGCCGAUGAAAUUGCCCCACAUUUGCCCAAGGAGCUAGACUUCUUGAGGGAAGGAAAGAAUGCGGAACGUGCGGAAGAGCAUCUGCAAGGGACUGGUCUCAACUGCAUUGUUCCAAAAGUAAUUUGGGAAAAGAGCGCUCCUAGAGUCCUGACUAUGGAAUUUGAAGAAGGAUUCAAGUCCACAGAUGUUGAAGCCUUGGGAAAUUCAGGACUGAGCAGAUUUGACGUUGCAAAAUUGAUCUCGUCAGUGUUCAACUCUCAAGUUUUUCUGUCAUCUUUCGUUCACUGUGAUCCCCAUGCAGGAAACAUUCUGAUUCGAAACAAAGAUGGAAAACCUCAGAUGGUGUUGCUUGACCACGGGCUGUACAAGGAAAUUGACGACAAAUUCAGAAUAAAGUACGCCCAACUUUGGAAGUCGCUAAUGUUAGCUGACUUGAAGGGAAUCGAGGAGUCAUGCCAUGCAAUGGGAAUUGACAAGGCCUAUCCGCUCUUUGCUGCAAUGUUGACAGCUAGGCCCUACGAUGAAAUCAUUGAGCGCUCCAAGACUGGAUCCUUCUCGGCUUCGGCGGCUGCUCCAGACAGUCAGGCCGAUCGAGCUGUCAUUCGGGGAUACGCAAAGCAAUUCUUGUCCGAGAUCUUUGUGCUGCUCGGAAUUCUUCCACGGCAGAUGCUGCUGCUAUUGAAGAUGAAUGAUUGUCUGCGUCACAUUGACUUUGCACUGAAAUCGCCAACCAACACGCUGGUUGUUGCUGGAAAAUAUGCUUCGCAAGCUGUCUAUGAGAAUGAGAUCAAAGAGAAAGUAUCGCGCCGAUCGCGAAUAUUGAGCUGGCUGAGCUACAUGAAGGUGCUGACCCGAAUACAUAUUCAUGAUUUUGGUGCCUGGAUUUUGCAAAAACGAUCAACAGCAUUGAUGCAUUCAAAGACGCCUAGAGACUAA